UAGCGAGAAGGGAUACUUCCCUUAAUAUCAGCUUAAGUGUCCUUUUACUAUGAAGUCAUGUACCCUAUAACUUUCCUUAUAAAUACCCUAAUUCAUAUUGCAUUCAUUCUUGUACAACAAGACACAACAUACUUGGCAUCAUCAACCUCUCUUUUCCUUCUCUUAACCGUUCCAUUUCCCAACAUGUCUAUCUCUUGCUUAAACAUGUAUGAGAAGUCAUCAAAAUAUGGUACCCAAAGAAACAAACACAUGUGGGGAACCUCACAUGCAUCUUCAAUCUUCAUAAUUGUAACACUCUUUUCAUUCUUGAUGAUGAUUCAAUUAGAAGCCAAGCCUAUAAGUCCGUCAUCAUUAACUCAUGUUCAAUUCUCCAAAUUUCCUAGAUCAUCUUCUUCUUCCCCAUGUGAAAAUACCCUCCACGUAGAAUCAUGUGAGUCUAUGCUUCUGUCGAUCGAAAACGUUCAUGAAAAAUCUCCCAAAGAGGUCUUUGAUAUUUCAGUUGAGUUUGCUGUAACUCAGGCUCAAGUUGCUAGAACCCAAGCACAAAGUAUUAAACCGAUGGUGCUGACGAGCGAAAAACUUAGUAGUACUCUUUCUCCUCCUGCAGUGGAUGACUGCAUGGAACUACAGGAUGAUAGUGUACGGCGACUUGAUGACGUCAAAACGAGCUCAAACUCGGAUGAUGUCCGGACAUGGUUAAGUACAGCACUUACAAAUCAAGAAACUUGUUUAGAUGCACUUCAAACUGAAAAGGUUUCCUCACCAUACAAAAGCAUGAUGGAGACGAAUGCAAGAAACGUGAGUAAAUUGGUCAGCAACUCCUUGGCUCUGUACAACCAUGUUAAGACUACCGACACAAGGACGAACUCGGCUGGUGGUGGCCGUAAACUACUGUCCGAUGGUUUCCCGACAUGGGUAUCCGGCAGGCAACGGAAACUACUAGAAGCUUCUGUAGAAGAGUUGAAACCAAGUGCUGUUGUGGCCAAGGAUGGCAGUGGUACACAUACAAGUAUAGGUCAAGCAAUUGCUUUUGCAUCCCUAGCUGCUGCAGGGACAAACGGAAAGACUGUUGUACAUGUGAAAGCUGGGACUUACAGUGAAAAUCUCAAUAUUCCUUCAUCCCAAAGUAAUGUUAUGUUAGUUGGAGAUGGGAAAGGAGUUACUGUCAUCACAGGGAGCGAUAAUGUUGAAGAUGGUUCUAGUUUGCGAAAUUCAGCUACAUUUACUGCCACUGGUGAUGGAUUCAUGGCAAGAGAUAUAACAUUUCAGAACACAGCCGGUCCGAAUAAGCAUCAGGCGGUUGCUCUCAGAGUAGCUUCAGUCAAAUCCGUGUUUUACCGAUGUUCCAUAGUGGGUUACCAGGACAGUUUGUAUACACACAGCAACCGUCAAUUCUAUAGAGAAUGUGAUAUAUCUGGAACAGUUGAUUUCAUCUUUGGAAACUCGGCAGUUGUUUUCCAAGGCUGCAAUAUUUCUCCAAGAAGCAACGGUAACAAAAACUUCAUCACAGCUCAAGGACGUAGCGACCCGAAUCAGAACACCGGAAUUUCAAUUCACAAUUGUAGGAUUUCAGCUGCAUCAGAUACUUAUCUUGGUAGACCGUGGAAAGCUUAUUCGAGAACCGUUAUUAUGCAAUCUUUCAUUGGAUCGAUCAACCCAGCUGGAUGGUUUCCUUGGUCUGGAGGAUCUGCACCUAAAGGUAUCUAUUAUGCAGAGUACAUGAACUCCGGACCUGGAACAGGGACCGGAGGUCGAGUGAAGUGGUCUGGAUAUCAUCCUUCACUUAGCUCUGCAGAAGCAACGCAGUUUACAGUUUCUAAUUUGAUUGCAGGGGGAUCUUGGUUGCCUGCUACUGGUGUAGCCUAUGACUCUGGACUUAAGCCCUAAGCACAUAUAUAUAGUAUGAAUAGAUCAAACAUCAUAGACAUACAUUUAUAAGUACAUGUGAUAGGUGAUGAUAUUGUCUGUUAGUAAUUACUUAAGCUGUUGAUAGCCAUUAGUGCUUGUUCUUGUGUGUUAUUAUAACUUGCAUGUGACUAAAGAUAAGAUGGUCUGUAUAUGGGAAGCAAUGAUGUUAUUGUAAACAGUUGCAAGAUACUACAAUGUAAAUCAAUAAAGAAGCUACAUUUUUUACUAGUAUCAA